AUGCGCUCCAACAAAACCCUCGUCACCUCGACGCCCAACAUCCAGCUCGACCAAGGAACCAUCCUAGCUCAAGGGGACAUAGACAUUACGAAUUCAUCAUCGACAAAAGUCUUCAAUACUCUGGUUGACGUUUCAACAUGGCCCAAAUGGAAUCGCUGGGUUCCUUACUGCACAAUUCGAUAUCAACCCACCACUACAUCUACAUGUACCACCUCAGACUCCGUUGGUGAUGGUGAUGAGCCAUCCCCGAUCCUCCAACUCGGCACAAAAUUCUCAAUGCACGUCAACAUGUCCAUGACAUCAACCACAACAGUCGCCGACUCCUUAUCUCUACACGAACAGGGGAAAUUAACAUCCCUCCACCUCAUAGUAACUCUCUUCGAGGCACCGGAUCCUUUGACCCAUAAAGCUGGAAGAAUUGCCUGGACGAUCGACCAUGAUGAAAUGCGGAUUGUGCCGAAAUGGUUGCUGAAGUUGGAGAGGAUGCAUGUUGUAUCCGAAAAAGAGGGGACUGAAGAGGAAGGGGGAAAAGUGAUUAAUGUGACUACGUGGGAGAUCAUGGCGUCUUCGUGGGCUGCUUCGAUUAUGGGAUGGUUUUUAAGAAACACCUUUGAGGAUGUUAAUUUUCCUGCUUGGUUGGGUGGGUUGAAAGAGUAUGCGGAGAGCUGA